UAUUUUUUUUAAAGUUGUAGUUGUAUAAUUUGGCAGUCUGUAGAUACAAUAAGCGCUAUAUAGUGCACGCCAGAACAACACUCCUUGCUUGUUAUUUCUUUAAAAAUGGCGACACGACUCGUCUUCGUAUUCGUAGUAUUGUUAUAUGUGUCCGGCGUUUCUAGUGCUGAAAAGAGUGCCGGGCUUGAAAUAAAAUGCGGGGAAGUAAACGUGAGAAUAACCGUAAAGCGACAGUUUUUCGAAGAGAGGCGUAUUCCGUUCAAACCUGAGCAUGUUCGACUUGGGGCAAACUCUACACAGCAAAGGUCCUGCGUACCACAGGGACCGACGACCGAACGUGAAAUGGUCAUCUCCGCAGGGCUUCAAGACUGUGGGACUGAGUCAAGUGUUCAUGAUGAGUGGCUUGUUUAUUCCAACCAGCUACUACUGUUUCCUGCUGUGGUUCCCACUUCCACAGGCAGUAUGAUCAUAAGAAGGCCAACUACUAUCAUACCCAUUGAGUGCCGUUAUAAGAGAAAGCAGACAGUGAAUGGAGAACCGUUAACCCCAACCUGGCUGCCCAUGACAUCCACUGUCAGUGUCUUUGGCCUUCUGCGCUUCUCCCUUCGUACCAUGGCAGAUAGCUGUACCUCUUUACGCAGUUCCUUGGUGUAUCAGCAGGGGGAAGCAGUGUUUUUGGAGGCCAGUGUGGAGGCCCCUCUGCACCCACCUCUUACUCUGUAUGUGGACUAUUGUGUUGCAACGCUGAAGCCUGACCCUCUCUCAUUGCCAAGAUACAAGUUUAUCACUGAGCAUGGAUGUCUUAUGGACAGUGUAGUGCCGAGGUCCUCAUCUAAAUUCCUCCCUAGGAAGCAAGAUAACAGACUAUGCUUCAGCGUCCAAGCCUUCCACUUCAGCCAGGGGUCUGGGGAACAGUUGUUCAUCAGUUGCCACCUCAGAGCCAAGCUGAAAGAAACCUCACACAGCCACCUUGAUAAAGCCUGCUUCUUCCAUUUGCCCACAUUUAGCUGGCGUACCACAGAGGGAGACAGUGCUCUGUGUGAGUGCUGCAACUCCAAGGGCUGCUUUAAACAGACUGAAGAGGAGAAAAGUGACCACCCUGGACCCACACCUCAACCCGAUACAGAAAAGAAGCAUGAAGCUUAUGCAACUGUUGGGCCACUUCACACCCUGCCACGCUCACAUUGGACAGGUCAUCUGUCAAUCAAUCACUAAAGAGUCCUUUUCCAACAUCCACCUACAAUUAGGUGGGUAUAAGGACUGUCAAAACUAAACCAAACAAUAAAUCGUCCUUCAAAUCAC